UAAGAUAAUGAGAAAUAUUAGUAAUUUGAUUAAAACAAUUAGACAUUGAAAAGCUUUUUGAAUGAAAAUUUUAGAAUAUUAAAAUUUCAAUGGGUGGCAUCACAACUGAGGCUUACGAUUGUAAUGGACUUCGCCAUAUUCUAGAUAGUAAAGAAAAACUAAAUAUAUUUUGCAUCGAUUGAUCUUUUUGUUGUGGUGAAUUAAUAUUAUUUAAUGAGCAAAUAAUUAAUGAGUAUGAAUAAAAACACAUCUGAACUUUUCUUGAUCUGCCUUUUUACCGCAAAGAGUUUUUGACUUAUUGUAAAAAGUUCUAUUAAAGAGUUCCGGUUCUACGAGAAUGCAUUAUUGUGGUUUAAAUGCCAGACUGUUUACAUCAUGCUUAUGUUGACAAUAUCAAUACUGACUUCAUCUACAAUUAUUACUCUUUAAGGUAUGUAACUGCAGAGAUUGCAAGAAUAAUUGUUUCAUUUGAUAAUGUCUGGCAGACCACCCGAGGAGUUAGCUGCUGAGUUAGAUAAAAUAUUUUUGAAAUGUUCUAAUGCGAAAAAUGGAAAAACAAUAUCAGUGGAAACUCUUGUGGAUGGAUUGGUGGUUUUAUAUGAUGAAUGUUUUAAUUCAUCACUGAGACGUGAGAAAACAGUUUCAAGUUUUAUAGAAUAUGUGAAGCCAACAGUUGAAAAAAUAAAAGGUUUACGGCUGAGCCGUGAUGAUUUUGAAGCCUUAAAAAUUAUUGGAAGAGGAGCAUUUGGUGAAGUAGCUGUAGUUAAGCAUAAAACAACUGGCAAGGUGUAUGCAAUGAAAAUUCUUAACAAAUGGGAAAUGUUAAAAAGAGAAGGGACUGCCUGUUUCCAAGAAGAGCGAGAUGUUUUAGUUUAUGGUGAUAAAAGGUGGAUUACACACCUGCAUUACGCAUUUCAAGAUGACAGUAAUUUAUACUUUCUUAUGGAUUACUAUUGUGGUGGUGAUCUACUAACACUGUUAAGCAAGUUUGAAGACCAUCUGCCGGAAGAUAUGGCGAAAUUUUAUAUUGUAGAGAUGAUUUUAGCUGUUCAUUCUAUUCAUAGACUGGGCUAUGUGCAUCGUGAUAUUAAACCUGAUAAUGUUUUGCUAGAUGCUUCUGGUCAUAUUCGUCUAGCUGAUUUUGGUUCCUGUUUAAAAUUACUUGAAGAUGGCUCAGUACAAUCAAAUGUAGCUGUUGGAACGCCUGAUUAUAUUUCACCUGAAAUACUAAGGGCGAUGGAAGAUGGUCAGGGAAAGUAUGGUCCUGAAUGUGAUUGGUGGUCUUUAGGGGUUUGCAUGUAUGAAAUGCUGUAUGGAGAAACACCUUUCUAUGCUGAAUCUUUAGUUGAAACAUAUGGAAAGAUUAUGAAUCACAAGAAUUGUUUUGACUUUCCUGAUGAUCCAGGAUUCGUUGUAUCUGAAGAAGCCAAAGAUUUGAUGAGGAAGUUGAUAUGUUCAUCAGAUUGUAGGCUAGGACAACACGGCUUAGAGGAUUUUAAAAAUCAUCCUUGGUUUGAUGGCUUAGAUUGGGAUGAUGCAAAAAAUGCAACAGCUCCAUACAUUCCUGAAGUUAGCAGUCCAACAGAUACAUCUAAUUUUGAUGUUGAUGAAAGUGAUUUGAAACAUUCGGAAUCAUCACCACCAGUUGCAAAUCCAGUGUUUUCUGGUGUGCAUCUACCAUUCAUUGGUUUUACUUUUACCAGUGGAAGUAAAAUAUCUGACACUGGAUUUUUUAAAAUGAUUAAUGAGGUCUGUGAUAUUAUGGAUGGUGUUCCGAAUUCCUGCUUAGAAGAGAAAGUAGAAAUUUUAGAGAAAGAAAAAAGUGACCUUGCUAAAAAAAUUAGAGAAAUGUCAAAUUAUCAAAAUAAUACAUCUAGUGAUGAUAAUGUCAUCAAGAAUUCUGAAAAUGACGUAAGAAAGCUACAAGAUGAAGUGAACACUCUUCGAAAAAAAUCCUUAGAAUUGGAAAGGGAAUUGCAGAAGCAUCGCAAUGAUCAUCGUAAAAUCUUAACAGCUAAACAAGAUUUAGAAUCUAUUCAAGAUGAAAAAUCUUCUGUUAUAAAAGAUUUAGAAAAAACUAUAAAAUUACUCAAAGCAGAAAAAGAUGAUUUACAUAAAGAAGCAAUUGAAUCUCAAGAAAAACUUAAACUGCAAUCAAAGGAGUUGAAGGAUGCUCAAAUACAAAAGAAAUCUGCUAUGACUGAAUAUACAGAGAUUAGUGAUAAACUUUCUGAAGUACGAGCUCAAAAACAAAAAUUAUCGAGGCAGUUACGAGAUAAAGAAGAAGAGUUGGAAAAUGCAAUGCAAAAAAUUGAUACUUUCCGCCAAGAUAUGAGAAAAGCAGAUAAAUUGAGAAGAGAGCUGGAAAUCCGACUAGAGGAUAGCAAAUCAGAUAUAGCAAAAGAACAAAGAUUGCGAGAAAGGCUUGAAGAAACAAUUCGUCGCCUGGAAUCUGAAGUUGAAACACUGAAACGAAGGCAUGUCGGUAGAGCUUUUUCUCCUGAACAAACUGAUAAUAGUCAAGAACUUAGUCGUUUGAAAAUGGAGCUUGAAAAUUUGAAUUUGCAACACAAAGAUUCACUCUCUCAAUUACAAAUGAGGCACUGUGCUGAAAUAGCAGCUUUACAUGAUCAACUACAAGAAACUGAAGCAUCUAAAUUAAAAGCAGAGAAAGAAGUUGCCUUCUUUAAAGAUAAAUUUGAACAAGCUCGAUCAGAAAGGGAAUCGGAGCAUCAAGAUCUUUUGCGAGAACUUAAGCAGAGUCAUGCAAGAGAAAAAUCGAUGUUGCAAGACGAGCUUAAAAAAAUGACAUCUGAUGUAGAAAAAUAUAUCAAGACAUUGCAGAAAGUUGAAGAGGAAAAGAAGAGAUUGGAGAAUGACUUCUACCUGAUUAAAGACAAAAAAGAUUCCAUUAAUCAAUGGGAGGCUCAAAUUAGUGAAAUCAUUCAAUGGGUGAGUGAUGAAAAAGAUGCAAGAGGUUAUCUUCAAGCUUUAGCCUCCAAAAUGACUGAAGAAUUGGAUGCUUUGAAAAUGACUGGAGUUCCACCUACUUCAACAGUUGAGAAGAAUUGGAAAAACAGGAGAUCCCAAAAACUCGAUAAAAUGGAAUUGCUGAAUCUGCAGUCUAGCCUUCAAAGUGAAAUUCAAGCAAAGCAAGCUAUUAGUUUAGAAUUGAGUAGAGUUCGUGCUGAGCUGGUUGCUGAACAAAAAAUUCAUAAAGAUUGCUUACAACGUAUUGAGUUCUACAAGAGGGAGCAUAUGAAGAAAGAAAACCAAAUUAAAGAUUUGCAACAGAGAAUGGAAUCUGGAGAUAGCUCUGCAGAUGUGGAGCUACAUUGUCAAAAUGGAGAAAGUGAAAAACUUCUAAUUGAUGUUCUUGAUCGACCUUCUUCAAGGAUGUCAUUUCUUGACCAAUUUUUAAAAGAUACUUCUCAAAGGUUAACACAUAGUGAUAGUGGAGAAUCUGCUGGGGCAGGAGAUGAAGCUGAUGUAGAAGAUAAUCAACCAGCUUCUGGUGGAAGUAGUAAAUCAACAGCAUCAGAAGUAAGUGUGGACAAUUUUACCUUUUCACCUGUGAUAGAUUCAAGGCCAGUGAUCAAUUUAUUAACUCCAAAGCCUAAGGCUCAUCAAUUUUUGAUAAGAACAUUCCCAGCUCCUAUCAAAUGCAAUCAUUGUACCUCAUUAAUGAUUGGUCUCUGUAGGCAAGGUGUAGUUUGUGAAGUUUGUGGCUUUGCUUGCCAUGUAACUUGCCAAGAAAAAGUUCCAGCUGUUUGCCCUGUUCCAUCUGACCAAAUUAAGAGACCAGUUGGUAUUGAUCCUACUCGUGGCAUUGGUACAGCAUAUGAAGGCUAUGUUAAGGUUCCUAAACCAGGCGGUGUUAAAAAAGGUUGGAUGCGACAGUUCGUUGUAGUCUGUGAUUUUAAAUUAUUUCUUUACGAUUUAGCACAAGAUAAAAGCACUCAACCAAACACUUGGAUCUCUCAAGUGUUAGAUAUGAGAGAUGAAGAAUUUUCGGUUAGCUCUGUUUUGGAUUCUGAUGUUAUUCAUGCGAAUAAAAAGGAUAUACCUUGUAUAUUUCGAGUUACAACAUCAAUGCUAAAUCCUCCUGGCAUGAAAAAUCAUACAUUGAUGCUUGUGGAGAAAGAAAGUGAAAAACUAAAGUGGGUAGAUGCGUUAAAUGAACUUCAUCGUAUUCUGCGUCGAAACAAACUGUCUUCUAAAACUGUAUUUCAAGCCAAGGAAAUUCUUGAUAACACAUUGACUCUUAUUAAAAGCGCUACAUCAGCUGCAGUAAUAGAUCCAGAGCGAAUUGUGCUUGGCACUGAAGAAGGCUUAUACUGUGUGGAUUUAGACAGAGAAGAAAUAGCCAGGGUUGGUGAUGGAAAGAAGGUUUGCCAGCUUGAGUAUAUUGCUGAGGAACAAUUAUUACUUGCUGUAGCAGGGAAGCAAAGAUUUUUGCGAUUGAUACCUGUUGGUGCUCUUGAUGGACAAGAUGUUGAAUGGACCAAAGUGCCUGAUACUAAAGGUUGCAUUACCUUUUGUACUAUGUGUAUAAACAAUGGCAACACUUCUCUCUAUCUAUUUUGUACAGCAAUAAAGAAACAGGUUUUAGUUUAUGAAGUGAAUCGAACAAAGGGUAGACACCAUCGACGAAAAGAGAUAUGCUUACCUGUUCCAGCGGUCACUUUAGAUGUCAUCGGAAAUAGAUUAUGUGUUGGUCUUCCAUCAGCUUUUCAUUUAUAUUCUGUAAUUGAUGACAGCCCUCCUAUCUCUCUUGUGAAUACAGACUCUACAGAUCUAACAUUCUUCUUACAUAACCUGAUGGAUCCCUAUCUCGCUGUUGAACUACAGAAUAAUGAAUAUUUGCUUGUAUUUUCCCAAUUAGGAAUAUAUGUUGAUGGCUUUGGUAGAAAAUGCAGAGAAAAAGAAUUAAUGUUUCCUGCACCUCCAGUUGCUGUCAGUUACACAGAUGGUUAUUUAAAUGUAUAUAGUGAAACACAUGUAGAUAUUUUUGAUGCUUCAUCUGGUGAAUGGCUACAAACUUUGAAUGUGAAGAAGACUAAACCUUUGUGCCGCAAUGGACUACUGUGUUUUUCAUUAGCCACUGACAUGCCACACAUUAUUUAUUUACAUAAUGUAUUACACCGGUCUAAUAGAGUUUGUGUACCUGAAACAACUGCUCAUCCUAUAAAAAGUAGACAAAGUAAGGCUAUGCUUAACAGAGUACGUAGACGAUUUUCUGUUCGCGAGCCUGAAAGAACUGGAAAAGGGAAUGUGGAUCGACGAUCCCGGCUGAUUUCAGGCCCGACAAAUUUUAAUCAUAUCUCUCACAUGGGUCCUGGAGCUGGUAUUCAACUUCAAAAACUUGUUGAUUUGCCUCAGUAUAAACAGAACUCAUUACCUCAAGAUGAAAACAAGAAAAGUUUAUUCUUAGCAGGCAAGUUAUCAAGUCAGCGCCCUGUUGUGUCCAUGCCAGUUAUAUCUCCAGAUGGUUCUGUUUCUUCUCAGGAUCAUUCUUCUAGUUUUUACACCGCUUCUGGCCAUAGUUCAUCAGGUCAACGAGAAGGUACGCUUGAUCAGUCGAGUCCUCGAAAUUCAAUAGCUUCAAACAACAGUUCUUUUAGCUCUCCUCCCAGUCCACAGACUAAAAGAGAUGAAGAUAAAGAAUCAUCUAGCAAUGAAUCUUAAACAUUCUUUUUGUGACUCAUAAAAACUGUUGCUCAGCAUGCCUCGCCUUUU